CACUUUACACCUGAAGGAUGAAAAAACCAAACCAGAUGCCAAUGGUGCUGUUGUCAAGGCAGAUGACAACGUGGAGAAGACAGAGGAUGAGGAGAAGGAGGACAGAGCUACACAGUCCUUGCUGAACAAGCUGAUCCGCAGUAACCUGGUGGACACCACAAAUCAGGUGGAGGUGCUGCAGAGGGACCCCACAUCACCCCUCUACUCUGUCAAGUCCUUCGAGGAGCUGCGCCUGAAACCACAGCUCCUGCAAGGAGUCUAUGCCAUGGGCUUCAACAGACCCUCCAAGAUCCAGGAGAAUGCCCUGCCCAUGAUGCUUGCUGAGCCCCCUCAGAACCUGAUCGCACAAUCGCAGUCCGGUACGGGCAAGACAGCUGCCUUUGUCCUGGCCAUGCUCAGUCGUGUUGAACCUGGGAACAAGUAUCCACAGUGUUUGUGCCUUUCCCCAACAUAUGAGCUGGCACUCCAGACAGGAAAAGUGAUUGAACAGAUGGGAAACUUCUACCCAGAGCUGAAACUUGCGUAUGCUGUCCGAGGCAAUAAAUUGGAGAGGGGGCAGAAGAUCUCGGAGCAGAUUGUAAUUGGCACACCGGGCACUGUGCUGGACUGGUGCUCCAAGCUGAAAUUCAUAGAUCCCAAGAAGAUCAAAGUGUUUGUCUUGGAUGAGGCUGAUGUGAUGAUUGCCACCCAAGGCCACCAGGACCAGAGCAUCCGUAUCCAGAGAAUGCUCCCCAGGGACUGCCAGAUGCUUCUGUUUUCAGCCACUUUUGAGGAUUCUGUGUGGAAGUUUGCUCAGAAAGUUGUUCCUGACCCAAACAUUAUCAAACUGAAGCGUGAGGAAGAGACCCUGGACACUAUCAAGCAGUAUUAUGUGCUGUGCAAUAACAGAGAUGAGAAGUUCAGAGCUCUCUGCAAUAUCUACGGCGCCAUCACCAUUGCCCAGGCCAUGAUCUUCUGCCACACUCGGAAGACAGCAGGGUGGCUGGCAGCAGAGCUCUCCAGGGAAGGCCAUCACGUGGCAUUGCUGAGUGGGGAGAUGAUGGUGGAGCAGAGAGCUGCCGUGAUCGAGCGAUUCCGAGAGGGCAAGGAGAAGGUGCUGGUGACCACAAACGUCUGUGCCAGAGGGAUUGAUGUAGAGCAGGUCUCAGUUGUGAUCAACUUUGACCUUCCUGUGGAUAAGGAUGGAAACCCAGACAGCGAGACCUACCUGCACCGCAUCGGCCGCACCGGGCGCUUCGGCAAGAGAGGCCUGGCCAUCAACAUGGUGGACAGCAAGCACAGCAUGAACAUCCUCAACAGAAUCCAGGAACAUUUCAACAAAAAGAUAAACAAAUUGGAUACUGACGACUUGGAUGAAAUUGAGAAGAUAAAUAACUGAGCCAGCUGCUGGAAUGGUGUGUACCCUGCUGUGGAAGCUCUCCCACUCCAAUUGGAUCAGCGUUCGGAUUGGCACAGCCUCUCGGCUCGUCCUGACAAGGACUUUUCAAUAUAUGAAUACACAAAAAUUACCUCAUUUUCAAAAGUGUGGUUGGACUUUAAAUUGUGCAACUAUGGGGAGGAAGAGGAAAUGUUUACAGAAGCUUUUAACAUUUCUUAGUUUAGCCUUAAAAAAAAAAAAUUUAACAAAAUGGGAUGAUCUUUGGAAUUCUGAGACGUACACUUGCCAAAAAAUGAGGGGCAGUGUGUCUCCAAUUGGGAAAGAAAAAAACAUUCUUGCCUUUAAUUGGAACAAUGUGCAGCAUUAACCUCAUCAGCUCAAAUUCAACAGCUAUAAUGGACAUAAGUAAAG